CAGGUAAACAUGACGUCAUGUAUUCUAGUCCUGCUGUGGUCCCUCCCCCUGCUGCUGCUCUAGCCUCAUCUCCCCUGGCUGCUCCGCUCCAGCUGCUGCCGCCGCUGCCUGGCUGCCGGUGCCUCUCUUUCUUAUUCCGUACAGUAUAAUAUUCAAUGUAACACCAUGACAGGCAUUGCCGCUGCCUCUUUCUUCUCCAAUACCUGCAGGUUCGGGGGCUGCGGACUUCAUUUCAUCACUUUGGCCGAGCUCAUCGAGCACAUCGAAGACAACCAUAUCGAUACAGAUCCCAGAGUUUUAGAGAAACAAGAACUACAGCAGCCCACAUAUGUUGCCCUCAGUUACAUCAACAGAUUUAUGACUGAUGCUGCGCGUCGGGAACAAGAAUCCCUGAAGAAGAAGAUGCAGUCAAAGCUCUCCCUGACGCUGUCGAGCAGCGUAUCGCGUGGAAGUGUUUCCACACCUCCUCGCCAUAGCAGCGGCAGCCUUACUCCACCCGUCACACCCCCCAUCACCCCGUCCUCGUCCUUCCGAAGCAGUACUCCUACAGGUAGCGAGUAUGAUGAGGAAGAAGUGGACUUUGAAGAAUCAGAUAGCGAUGAGUCCUGGACCACAGAAAGUGCCAUUAGCUCGGAGUCUAUCCUGAGCUCCAUGUGUAUGAAUGGAGGAGAUGAAAAGCCUUUUGCCUGCCCUGUCCCUGGAUGUAAGAAGAGAUACAAGAAUGUGAAUGGUAUCAAGUACCAUGCUAAGAAUGGUCACAGAACACAGAUGCGUGUGCACAAGCCGUUUAAGUGCCGCUGUGGAAAGAGCUACAAAACUGCUCAGGGGCUCCGGCACCACACCAUCAACUUCCACCCUCCGCUGUCUGCCGAGAUUAUAAGGAAGAUGCAGCAAUAAUGAUGCUGGUCCCAACUGUGCCAACAACCUUCACCAGCAGAUGCUGAUUUUUUUUCAGUACAGCCACCGUAUUACUUUGAGGGCAAGUGUUUUUCAGCCCUUUGGGGAGGGGGAAAAAACAAAACCAAAAAAAAAACAUACACUACAGAUUGAACGCAUGCUUUUAAUUUUUUUUCAUGUAUUUUGGAAUGAUGUAUCUUUGUAGAGUUUGUGUUUUGUACAUUUGCACAUUCAGCUAUCAUACCUAUUUUUCAUUACUUUUGGCAUAAGGUGCUAAUUAUGUAUGUGUGUGUAUGUGUGUGUGUGUGUAUAUAUAUAAAUACAGGUAGUGAACAAAAAAAUGGAAACACCAAUGUAAAGUCACUUAAUAGGACGUUGAGCCACUAUGGUAUCCCGCUCUGUGGAGUUCUCGGCAGACCGUUUUUGAUGAAACUGGCUGCUCAUGCCCUAGGUUGAAAUUUGCAGUCAAUUGAUCUGCAGUUGCUCACCUGUUUUGCCUUGCACUUCAAAUUAAUGCACGGAUAUCACGAUCCUGGAGUAUGCGUUUCAGCCCACUAUUGCCCUUUGCUGAUGAUGUCUUUCCCUAAGGUGAUGUUCCAUGCCAACAUCACCUUAGACACUGUUGCUCGUGAAACAUCAGCAAGUUGAUCUGCCUUGGUCACUGAAGCUCCUGCCAAACGCACCCCAACAAUCACCCCUCUUUCAAAGUCACUAAAAUCUCCUCUUGCAGCCAUGCUAGCCAUAAUUAUAGGCAACCAGGUCUGUCCAGCAUUUUUAUACAUGACCCUAAGCAUGCUGGGAUGUUACUUGCUUAAUUAACGCCUGAGCCACACCUGUGUGGAAGCCCUUGCUUUCAAUAUACUUGGUGUCCCUUAUGUACCCAGGUGUUUACAUUUUUUUGUCCACUACACACACACACACACACACACAUAUAUAUAUAUAUAAAACUAGGACAGUUUCGACUGCAGCUCAGUGGCCCAACACAUGCUCUGCAGGCAGACUAGUAUUUUUGCAGGACAGAAGUCAUGCUGGUUUGAAUAAAGGUUGGUUGAGUUUAAAGAGUUUUAUAGUACUGGGAUAAGUUACAGUAAAGGUCUACAGUACGACAUACUGCGCCACGACAAAAAAGAAAUCAGAACCAUUCACGCUGCCUGCGAUGUGACUGAAAACCGGAUUGGUGGCUAUUUUAACGAUUGUCGUGUGUCAGCUAGGAAACUGACCAAUGAGCACUCAGUGGUCUAUGACAUCACGCGCACCUGCCACCACUGGUGUGAAAGGUUGUGUCGCAGCGAAAUUGUCACAUUAUCGCAGGUCAAGUCGUGUGGGGUCCAGUGUGAAUAGGCCUUUACAGUUGUGUUUAGGGUUAAUAUACAAUGUCUGAAUUUUUUAAUUCAGAUCCCAAUAUUCAUUCCAACACAGUAUCGGAGAGUUGCAAGUAAACACUUAGUUGGAUUAAUCGAAAAAUCUGAAUGUUUGUAAUAUACCAUUGAUAAUUACCUGAUAUAUAAAUAUGUAUAUACUUUCAUAAUCUGAAAAAAAGGAUUCAUUUCCAAGUUUUAUUUUAUGCUGUAUUACACUUUUAAGAAUCCCUUGUGUAUGUUUUAAACUUUGUAAUAAGGCCACUUCAAUAAGAAUAUAGUUAUCUCAUAUAAACUAUGAGGCAUUUCUGUUUAUAUCUAUGCUACAAGCAGAUCUCAGGUCAGUAUCAAUCAGCAUUUGAGGGCCAUGAUCCUUGCCCAAACCACCACAUACAGUAUUUAGAAGUCACUGUUCCAUUUUUUCCCCACUCACUCAACUUGAAAUGCUUUUAAUACCAACUGUAUUUCUGCUACCACUUACAGUGCUCUCUCAUGGAAAAUUGAACUAUUUCUUCAUCACAGCAGAUGAAGUGUUUAAGCACUUUGUAGGUAAACUAUUGCCAAUAGAGUUUUAAAGUGUUGUGUUGCCAAUACUUGUAACCGCUGUACUAGCAUGUGCCUGUGGUUGCAAAAAAAGAAACAAAACCAAGAAAACAAGCAUGUUUUUAUGGAGGCAAAGUAUUUUGUGUCAAAGGAUAUAUAUAUUAUAUAUAUAUAUAUAUAUA